ACUUUCCAUGUGCGUAUUUCAAAAAGUGGGUAGCAGGUGGGAUUAGAGACGAGACUAGAGGGGGAGGAAAGCUUCAGAGAGACAGAGGGGAAGCUGAAAGCUCGUACAGCAUUGAAAGUUUAAGAGCAAGAGAUUUCACGGAAUAAGGAACUAAUAAUAACACACAACAGCCGGGGAUUCACAACUUUAAGAAGGUUUGAGUGUGAAAAAGUCAAAUCGCCACGAUGAGGAAGUUGUGGAGAGGCCUCUGCUUCCUCGUUUUAGCCUUUUCUUCAGUAUCCAGAGGACAAAAUGACACCACUGUUACACAAGAAACCCUCACCUCUCCAACCAUCGGAGCUGAUGAACCUCAAAAUGAAUCUAACGCCACCCUGCAGACCCCGCUCUAUAACCACACAUCAGCGAACACAACAGACCUGCCUUCAACAAACCUUACGGCCGGAGGAGAAAAGAACUCGGUUACUGACACCACAGAAGAAGUCAGCACGACAAUGAUGGGCGGGGCUAAUGAGGACACAGCGACCGUUUCUAUGGAGACAGGCAGUACCUUAUCAACACCAGCACGAGGUGGAGGUCAUUCUUCCUGGGGUUAUGUGCUCCUGGUGUUAAUCAUCGUGGCGAUUAUUAUCCUGUGCAUCAUCCUCUACUUCCUCAGAAGAGUCUCCAGGACGUACUCGUUUGACCUCCAUCGCCAGGUUCCCUCCAACCAUCACAACGACCCCAUCGGCACCUUUGAGCCCGUUUACCUGGAUGACCUGGCUCCUAAAGACCAAGGAAACACUGAGGACGUUCCAACUCUGCCAGUAUCCAACGGCACAACUGUACAGACGGAGGAACGGGAAUCCAAUGGAGAGAUCGCUCCCAAAGAACAGUCAGAGGAAAACGGUUUGGAGACUUCGCCCGGUAACACCGACCCCCCGCUGAUGGGAGACCUAGCGGAGAAGACCUCCAGUCCAUCGGAAAGCACCAGCAUUUUCUUCGACGCCUUAAACGAAGAGCAGCAGAACGAAAACAACAACAACCCAUCGGUUUGCUCCAGUGACCCGUUUGUUGAAAUAAACCUGGAAGAUCAGCUCCUCACCUACCCUGAAGCUCCUUCCUCUGUCCUCCCCUUCUCUCCAUUCUCCUUCUCCUCUUCCUCCUCUUCCUCUUCUUAGCAUCUCCAAUGAUCAGAAUCAGAAUCAGGUUAACUGCAAAGCCUUGCUGUAUUUGGUGCACAUAAACACAGUUAAAACAGAUAAAUUAUAAGAAAAGAACCAUAAAUUAAAACAAUCAUAACAAAAACUACUUUAAGAAAACUAAUUGUAACAUGGGAUAUAGAUUCAAUAUAUAUUUACCCGUGGAAAUAAAAUGAAAUAUGUGCAGUAUGGGUAUGAUUCUGUCUUUUAUCAGCCGCUGAAAGAUGUAUAAAUGAGUAAACAGAAAAGAGCUAGCUUUAGCAUUUUGGGAGCUGUACUUAAAACACACACACACACACACACACACACACACACACACACACACACACACACACACACACACACACACACACACACACACACACACACACACACACACACACACACACACACACACACACACACACACACACACACACACACUUUUUAUCCGAAUGGAAGUUUAUUUACUUUCUUUGUCGUCAGAUCAGUGAAACGGCAGUUAGCUCAGUUAGCAGUUAACUACGCUAACUAGCUAAGCUAACUAGCUAGUUAGCGUAGUUAGCAGUUAACUACGCUAACUAGCUAAGCUAACUAGCUAGUAGGAUGACUCGGCAUCUUUUAGCAUUUUAUUUUUCUUGCAGUUUAAAAUGUAUUAAUACAUAUGGCGAUAACAAGUAAAUAGAGAGCUACAGUGACUGUAUACUAUGACUGUUAAUCAGAUAUGUUUUAAUGCUGAUAUUUUGAUUACAGUAGAGGGUUUUGGAUCAAACUGACAAACAAUGUGUAACUUUGUUUAAUAGACAAACUAAUGUUAUUGGUUAAUAACCAUUAUGCCUUGUGUUAGUGUUCACAGUGGCUAACAGUUUUCAGGAGCUGUACAUCUGUUGUUUGUCACAAUGGCUAGACCUGUUGUUUACAUUUUAAAUAAAUAAAGCUUCACUCCAA